AUGGCAACAAUGUCUACUUUGCGCCCUCCUAAGAGAGCCCGCCGAAGCUCCACCUCUUCGUCCUCAAGUCAUGGUGUGCCAAUGAUGCCAGGGGCCCCAGCAGCCAAUGGGCAGUUCAAUCCCAUGAUGAUGAUGAUGAUGGGCCAAGCCAUGCAACAGAUGAUGAACCAGGGGAACCCGAUGAUGAACUCUGCAGCGCCAAUGGUUCCAACUGUCCCACAGCAGAUGGUGCCUCACGACGAUGGUCAAAGUGAACAUGGGUCGGAGUCAGAGCAAGAGCAAGAUGAGGUUGGCAGUGCAUCAGGCAGUGCAGGAUCCAGAGACGCUCCACCUCAGCCUGUUGGAGCACCUGCUCAGCCUCAGCCAGCUUUGCCGCCUCUUCCAGCUGUUCAUGAGCACGAUGAGGAACAGUGGCGGGCCCAACGGUUUGCCGACUCCUACAUUUCGAGGAGCGUCACUUAUGUGAAGAACAUGCCUCGACAGCACCUGGCGAUCUGCAUGGAAUAUGUGGACCCGAGAUUGGAGCUGGCCUACACUAGUGAGUGUUCACAGAUUGGGCUCUUGGCAUUGCUGUGGCUCUACUCCCGUGUUAAGCCAUUCGUCAAGGUGCUGUCGGACUUACGCUGCAUCAAAUACGUGGACUUCUACAAGUCGAUGAAACGUGCCCACACCAGAAUUUUGAAUGGCAUUGGGAUGGAGCAGUUCAAGGCCCAAAUUGUUGACAAGUUCCCACUGGCCCUUGAUGAUUCCUCGGUCAUUGAGAUUGCGGAGGAGAUGGGGUGGUCUCAGCAAUGGAUGCAUCCGAAGGCCAAAGCACCCAGGCCAGUGGUGUCAGGAGAUUUGGCCACACUGUUCAAAGCAGGGGCAAAAAGAGCAACAGUCUUGACUACGACGGUUCCUCCGAAGAUGGCUUCUCCUGCGUUGACAAUUGUGCCUCCAAGAAUGCCACCCCCUCCUGCUGGACAUCGAGCUAAGGCUUCGCCAGUGGUUGUUCCUGUGACAGCUGUCAAAGCUCCCCUAGUGGCUCCGCCCAAGUCAGCGUCAGUUGUAUCAGGGUCAGUUGUACCCCCAGCCGUUCCUGUGCCUGAGGUGGCGCCCAAGGCGCCCAUGGCUGGUCCAGCACGUGACUCAGCAGAGACAAUUGUCUUGCCACCAGCUGGGUCCUCUCUUCCUCGAGAAAUCCCAAUGUGUGCCAUUUGCCAAGAUGACAUGCUGCCAUCCCAGGACCUGCUGACCUUGUGGUGUACGCACACUUACCACAAGUACUGCAUCGAAGAGUGGCGUCACCUUUGCAACAAGUCUGAGAUUGAAUGCCAACUCCGGUGCAACAUGCAACAGGUCAACACUGAUGGCUUUGAGAUCGUGGACCCAGAUCCUGAAGCUGCAGGCUCUGCUGGAGGAGAAGCUGCCAGCAGUGCAGGUGCUACGGAAGAGGCUCAGUCUAUGGAUCCACCUGCGCCUUCUGAGAGUGAGAUUGGGGAAGCAGCUGCUGAAGUUUCGGAUUCUGUUGUGUGA